AUUGGUUCCAUAGUUUUGUUUGGAUUAUAAACACAAAACGAACGAAAUAAAUAUUUUUUUCGUGGAAUAUGUUUUUUUUCACAAAUUGCGAGAACCUGUUAGAAUUCGUUCGCGGGCGUGAUCGUGAUUUUUUUCUCUCGUGCACCUAUACAUUCACAUACAUUUGACACGGGAUACGAAUGUUGUGCCUUCAAGGAGAUCAUCGAACGAUCAACGCGCGAACUCGGCACAGCUCGGAUUGCGAUCAGUUGAAUUGUUUCGUUCGGGGCUGGCGCAUCCAAAAGUACAUAAAUUGAACAAUUGCGAACGGUCGUGACUUCGCUUGGAUAAUAAUAUUAUCUUUUUCCGUGGGGAGAAUUGGUGCGUGAAUCCUCCAUCCCCAUUUAAUCGAUUCGUGUGGCAGGAACUGUCGCGAGGGAGAGAUAAAUCAUUCAUCAACGAUUUGUGAGAUCGCCGCAGUGCGCACUGACGGUGCAAAAUUCGAGUGCAGUAGUGACAAAUGAUGCUGCGCUUGAGCUUCAACAAUAAAACGUCGCAAAUAGGGUGAUGAUUUGCAGCGAACCGAAAAUCGAAGUCGAAGAAGAAAUAAUCGUGAAUCGACCAAUCCUUAAUGAUGCUGCAUCUAUUUUAAAGCGGUUAAACGAAUGCGAAAGGAAAGGUCGCAAUCAGAUUUAUCCGAAAGUUCGAAGCGCGCGUGAAAGAGAGAAUGGUGCUGCUGUCGGGAAGUUGGGAAGAAAACUCGUGAUGUGUGUGACAAAGUGCUACUGCUGUUGUUGUUGUUGUUCUUUAAUUAAAGAAAGUGAAGUGAGUUCACUCGUCGACUCUGUGUGUGAAUCCGGUGUCAUCCUUUCUACAUUAGCUACUUUCGACGAGAGUUAAAAUGUGACGUUUCGUUCACCGUGAGUGCGUCCAACGGAUGUAACAUACACGACACGGUUGACCCAUUUAUUGCGGGGAGGAGGGACCUUGAGGGAUAGUGUGCAUCAUCUGACGAGCGAAGAGUACACACAAUCUUGCAUCGAGAGACAUCCUCAACAGCAGACAACCCACGUCGGGGGGAAAUAUUUUUCAAUUGCUUACGGCCGCCGGAACCGGUGUGACAUGAGGAUCAUCGUCGCCGUUUGUAUCGCUUGUAGUGAAAAGGAUAAUACAAAACGUAGGAAGCCUUUUGUGAGGAAGAAAAUUAAAAAUGGAGUGCUUAAGUAAGUGUAUGUGAAUGAUGGCUUCGUUCAACGCCAGUGACACGAAAUCUAUUGCACCGGAGAUUACCGCCGAGUGGACAGUGCAUGCGCAGCUAAAACUUUCACACCAAGGCAGCAGCACCACCUGUGAUAAACCAGUUGCCGCCGAUGGUUGUGGGGGCGGGGGCAUUGUAUCCAGUGAAGCGGAUUCGACCAUUCCGGUCGAUGUAAUCGCGGGUACUGAGAAAAGAAGUGAAUCAUCCACAUCGUCCAGCUGCCAGAGGCCCCCGGUGAAGGUGGUUUAUAAAUUUAGCACCGCCGAUUCAUCCCACGGCUUCGCAGGAACCAAUAAUAACGCUUCUAAUGGUAGUAGCGGCGUUCCAACGGCGGGUGGUGUGACAUUCAAAAAUGUUACCUCCACUACCACCUCUGACCCAGCGGCCGCAGCAUCAGUAGCGUCUGCUCAGUCUUCCAACGGAGACAUCACUCAGCCCGCAUCCACUGGUCGUGAAGGUCCCAAUUUCUUAGCACCACCUCAGCUGUUCCCCAAAUGUACCAGUACCUGUAGCAUAGUGUUAACCGCGGACCUCGUACCGAGUCCUGGUGGUGGCGAUCCCAUCAUCAAUGUCCACAAGUGUGCCUCCACCAGCAAUGUGUUCAAUACAGCCGACAAGUGCACCAUUUUUCCGGAGUUCAAACCAUACGAGGCAAAACACGUCAGUUGUCAAACAAGCGACAUCGAGCUGAACGUGGACAAAACCGUUCAAACCUACGGAGAUGAUCUACGCACGGUGCGGAAGAAACCCCCAGAAGCUCUGCUCUCGCCCAUCACGAGUCGCCGAGAGGAAAAACAUAGUUCUUCAACCCGCAAAAUCUCCCCUUCGCCAGCGAAGAUCGUCUCCCCCAGCAACACCCUACAGUCAUCGUCGCACCGUUCGAGCGUGAAGGACGACAAAAAGAAACCCCGGACGGUUCACAUCGACGUUUACUGUACCGGGUCCGAUGCGGAAUCGUCCUGUUCGGAUGAGUCCUCUUCGCUCCGGUCCACGAGCUCAUCCUCCUCGUCCGGAAGUCGGUUCGAUACGAGUCAUCUGCUUGAGAUGAAGUCCACAUCCAACGUUACCCAUCCCACGAUCUACGAAUCGGAGGAGAUGAAGUUGCGUCACAAGCGCGCUGCCAGGCACGAGAUUCCACGGCGGCUCCAGCAACAACAGCAGCAGAAUGUUGAUCAGAGCACACUAUCUACGAUUGGUAGCUUGCGGAAGGGUGUUCCAUCCCACCCUCGGAGGCUCCUGAAAAGAUGUAGCACGAAGGAAGAGAUCAACGAAUCGAAGAAGAUCUUGUUCAGCAAGAUUUUUGGCGAUCAAAAAGGAUCCAAAAGUUUCUCCGAAAUGGACUGUGUACGACGGGAUCCUAGCGGUGACACGGUUAGCUCGGGUUAUCCCUUCUCGAGCCGUUCCCCCCAGAGGGAUGUCACCGGGAGUAGUUUAUCGAGCGCGCUAGCGUACACUAGCGGAGAACUCGACGAAGCGGCAGGAGGAUCCUUGUUGAAGGUCCCCAGUGAAGCCAACGUCACUCAUUCUGAUAGCUUUGAGUACGAAAAUAGCGAAGAUCGCUACCGAAUCAAUCAGAUGGAGCGUGUAUGGAGCUUGCAAACGUGGAAGUCACCUUCGGUCGAGCGAAGGCUUCUGGAGCUACAUAACCCAAAGCAUCGCCGCAACAGUGACUCCGAUAACAAUUGCUCCGAAUCGGACCAUAGCUUCGUGUACGAUAGCCCGACCCGUCCGCACGAGUCCAACCAUUCGCUCAAUGAGUACAGCGAUUCCAGUCCAUCGACGGUGAAGAGUUGUUCGAAUCGUGCCUCGUCAUCGAAUGCUGACAGCUCGAAGAAGCGUAUCCUGCAGCAGGCCCUUCUAAACGCCAACCAGUCGGGCACCUUCCCGCCACGGAUCCGUUCGCCGAUCGAAGGCUACAGUAGCGAAUAUUUAGCCCUUGCGAGACGUUUCGGCAGUUUGAUCUCCGGAAGACGGAAACCGGGUGUUCACAUAGGACCGGUGCGAAAUCCGGAAUGUCAGUGCGAGCACUGCCGCCGCUGGGUUGUGGAGAGGGACGGCGGUGGAUUUCGGGAGAGGGCACUCUCGGUGGAUGAUAUCGCGUGCAACAUCGUUGAUAUGAGGAAGGCGUUGCAUUUCCGGAACCAAGCGGCACUUCCAUGAGCUAUCAUCUUUGGGCCGUUAAAAGUUGCUUUUAGGGUUGCAUUUUUCUUUUCUUUUCAAACCAUUUAUAAUUUAGACGUGUAAGUAAAUUAUUAUUGUAACUUGUAGUAAAUGUCAGAGCGAAUUUCGUAGAUUAUACGAGUUUGUUUAGUAGUCCUGUGUUUUGUGUAUCACGGAAAAGAUACUUCGAACAUACGGAAAAAUUGAAUAAACUAGUUUUGAUGAUUUGAGUGUCGAAUGCCAAAGAGAAAGAUCUGCCCCCAGUUUAUUAAUUUUAUAUUUUCUUUAUUUGUUACAAGCGUUUUUCUUUUCAGACGCUGUUAGUUCCUGUCAUUUUACAGGCGUUACAAUACACUUCAACUCUUUCCCCUUAAAUUGAAUGGAAGCAUAUAAAUUGAAGACAUUUGAAGGUCUUAGAAUGCA